GUCCUUGUCAAAAAUCUGACAUGCUGAGAAAAUGACCAGAUCGUCGUCACUAGCAAACUAUGAUCGGGCCCGUGCACAGAUACGAUUUCAGCCGAUUUGAGCUUCUAAAAUCGUAUCUGUGCAAAUCGUGGUGUGAACGCAGCCUAAUGCGCUGCAGCUUCAGCUUUACAUCAACUAAUGUCCAGGUGGUAAGGGGUUAAGCUGCUAUCUCCUCCCAUACAGAGGGAUGGCUUAUGGCUGUGCUUAGGUUCUCUGACCAGGAAGUGGAGUGCAGGAUGGCAGCUCGGUACUGGGACAAGCUGCUGGAACUGGCGCAGAAAUACAAGGACUUUGUCAUCCAGAACCCCACAGGGGCCACUCAGGUGGAGGGGGCCGUACGUAUGCUCUCCUAUAUCACAGCAGGACGAUUUACAGAUUCCCAUGAAUUGUCAGAGCUCGUUUACUCGGCCUCCAAUCUCCUGGUUUUACUCAAUGAUGGGAUCCUAAGGAAAGAGUUCCUGAAGCCACCUCCGACUGAUGGCGCCCAGCAGCGUCUUAAGAUCUGGCUGGGGGUCUUGGAAAGUCUAGAGGUUUUCAUUGAGAUUGGCUCUGCACGUGCAUGGGGGGAUAAAGUAAGAUGGCUGGCCAUACUUGUAAUACAGCUGCUCAAGGCCUGUCUACGUCUUGUGCUGCUCCUGUGGUAUAAAUCUGGUGUCCAGACCUCUCCUCCUGUAACCCCAUUAGACCGAGAGGGUGUAAUGAACCAGACAGGAGAGGAAAGUGAUGGAAAACCUGACACCUGCUUCGUGGGCAGCCGCUCCAGGCGUGCUGUGCGGUCCCUUAGUGACGCUCCCUCUGGUCGUAAUCGCUUUUGGAGAAGCCCUCAGGUCCCAGAGCAGAGGACAGAAGGACAUAAUGAAAGGAAUGGAAAACCUUCCGACCUGGGGACCUUGGGCACCAUGGCAGAAACUGUUCACAUCCUAAGACCUGUGACGCACCUGGCAAGCUUGGUUGUAUGGGGUCAAAAGUCAUGGAAACCCUGGUUGUUGGCAGCUGCAUUGGAUGUUGCAAGCCUGUCCGUGCUGCGUGACCUCCACCAUCUCAGCCGCAGGGAACGAGGAGAGCUGCGGAGAAGGACCCUCCUUUUACUGUUUUAUCUGCUGCGCUCCCCUUUUUAUAACCGUUACACUGAAAUCCGUCUGCUGCUCCUUCUCCGUCUCUUAGGAGACUAUGUCCCAGGGCUCGGACUGGUGGCACGUCCUCUGAUGGAUUACCUACCUGUGUGGCAGAAGAUUUACUUCUACAACUGGGGUUGAAGGACUCCUGGGGUCGAUCUGGACUCUUCCUUGCUUCUUGACCCGUCUUGAGGAUCACCAAAUAUACUGUACCACCGGCAUGGCCACCGUGCCACCACAGCCCAGUAUCGAUGUUUGGUACAUCCCAUCUGAAUUUUCCGACAUUGAACUGUGACUUUAUAUUUCUGAAAAUGUGAUGUUUUCCUUGAAGUGAGGGAGACUAUGAAGACCUGAAGAGCGGGAUUAUGGUGAACACUGGAUGCCGUGACCCUAUAAUGACUUUUUAUACUUCUAUCAUGGUGUCUUAAAGGGGUUAUCCAGGAAAAAAUCUUUAUAUAUUCAACUGGCUCCAGAAAGUUAAACAGAUUUGUAAAUUACUUCUUUUAAAAAAAAUCUUAAUCCUUUCAGUACUUACGAGCUGCUGAAGUUGAGUUGCUCUUUUCUGUCUAAGUGCUCUCUGAUGACACGUGUCUCGGGAACUGUCCAGAGUAGAAGCAAAUCCCCAUAGCAAACCUCUUCUACUCUGUGCAGUUCCCGAGACAGACAGAGGUGUCAGCAGAGAGCACUGUUGCCAGACAGAAAAGAACAACUUAACUUCAGCAGCUGAUAAUUAU